CCCUCCCAGGGAACAAAAACUGGGAUGUUGUGGGAACUUCUCUAAAAACAACUGAUCUUGAGAAAUUAUUUUGAAAGAUAUCUGAAGAUGUUAAGGCACCUGAAAUUUUAAACCCUUCUGAAAAGAAGGCAGGGGCAAAUUGUGGGAUGACUGGGGCUGGAGGAAGCGCAGUCUGUGAGGUGGGAGAGCAGUGUGCUGUCCAUGCUGACCAGCCAGGCUGUCAGGCAGCACCACCACAGACACAUCAGCACCUGGCACAGGUGUGGGGGUGAGACAGCUUUCCCUGGCCUCUGCCCUCGGGGCACCCCUGCCUCUCGUGGGGGGGCUCUGGGGAAGUGACCCUUCCCCCUCUGCAUCUCCGGGCUGCCCGCUCCUGAAAUCCGGGAAUGGUGCUCAAAUGUCAGCAGAGACUGCUCGGUGAAACUCAUCCUGAAAAGCUCCUAGAGGGAAGGCUCUCGCAGGAAAACUCAACAUUUAAACAGAGCUCAGAGGAAAUAAAUUAUUUAUUUGUUUGUUGGGUGGGGUUAGAGCUUAGAGCUGUUCCAACUGGAUGGGGCUGUUUUCCCUGGGAAUCCACAUGGGUCUUGUGCUUGGGCUGUGUGUUUGCAGUCUUCCAGGACAUAAGAAGGAAAUCUCUUCUUUUAAAUAAUGUGUUGUCUGAAAGUCAUAUCCUGCUCUAGGCAGGUUUUACUUUUAUGUUUUAAGGGAAAGGGAAUUUUAUCCUCACACUGAACUGUCGAGGAUGCCUUCACUUCAAACAAAAAUGUUCGUUGGUUUCCCUGCACAAAUACAUCAAAUCACAGAAUACCCUGAGCUGGAAGGGACCCCCAGGGAUCCCCAUUCCAGCUCCUGCCCUGCACAGACCCCCAGCAAUCCCACCCUGGGCAUCCCUGGCAGUGCUGUCCAAAGGCUCCUGGAGCUCUGGCAGCCUCGGGGCCGUGCCCAUCCCUGGGGAGCCUGGGCAGUGCCAGCACCCUCUGGGGAGCAGCCUUUCCCUGAUAUCCCACCUAAACCUCCCUGGCACAGCUCCAGCCCUGCCCUGGGUUCUGUCCCUGUCACAGAGCCUGGCACCUGUGGUCUGUGUUCCAGCAGGCACCUGGUGUGUGUUCUGUGUUCCAGCAGGCACCUGCUCCGUGGUCUGUGUUCUGUGUUCCAGCAGGCACCUGCUCCGUGUUCUGUGUUCCAGCAGGCACCUGCUCCGUGUUCCAGCCGGCAGCUGCUCCUGUUCCAGGUGCCGCCUCCCGGGAUGUCCCUGGAGAUCACCUUCCUGGGCACGGGCUCUGCCUUCCCGUGCCCGUCCCGCGGGGCCUCGGCGCUGGUGCUGCGCAGGGGAGGGCAGUGCUGGCUCUUCGACUGCGGCGAGGGCACGCAGACCCAGCUCAUGAAGAGCCACCUGCGAGCAGCCAAAAUUACCAAGAUUUUCAUCACUCACCUUCACGGCGACCACAUUUUCGGACUUCCUGGGCUGCUGUGCACGCUCAGCCUCCAGAGGAGCCCUGAUGCCAGCGUGGUCCCCGUUGAUAUUUACGGGCCCCUGGGGCUGCGGAGCUUCCUCUGGAGGAGCCUGGAGCUGUCCCACUGCCAGUCCCUCCUCCCCUACUCCGUCCACGAGCUGGUCCCCACGCGGGACCAGUGCCCCCCAGAAGAAUUCAGGGACUUUUCUGGCUUGGACCGAGGCGAGGGGCUCGCCCGGGCGCCUCCAGGGCGAGUUCUGCAGCUGGAUGCAGGAACAGACUCCUACUUGCUGCUGGAGGACGAGGAGCUGUCUGUGCGCGCGUUCCGCCUCUUCCACCGCGUGCCCUCCUUCGGCUUCGCGCUGGAAGAGAAGCCCCGGCCCGGGAAGCUCAAAGUGCAGAAACUGGAGGAGCUUGGAGUCCCGCCGGGCCCCUUGUACGGGGAGCUGAAGAGCGGCCGCGCCGUCGUCCUGAGCAGCGGCGUGACGGUGCAGCCCGCGGACGUGCUGGGCCCGCCCGUGCCUGGCAGGAAGGUCUGCGUCCUGGGCGACUGCUCGGGGCCCGUGGGGGCUGCCGCCCAGCGCCUCUGCUGCGAGGCUGACCUGCUGGUGCACGAGGCCACGCUGGAGGACAGCCAGCAGGACAAGGCGCGCGAGCGCGGGCACAGCACCCCCGGGGUGGCCGCGCGCUUCGCCCGGGGCUGCCGCGCCAGGAGGCUGGUGCUGACCCACUUCAGCCAGCGGUACCGGCCCGAGCACCUCGGCAGCCUCCUGAGGGAGGCCCAGGCCGUCCUGGGGGGCCAGGAGGUGAUGCUGGCCGAGGACUUCAUGACCAUCGAGAUCCCAAUGAAAAACUGAAAAACGAGGACUUUGUGACCGUAGAGGUGCGAUGAAACAGUGAAAAACAAGGCUUCAUCAUGAGAUCCCAGUGAGAAACUGAAAAACAAGGGCUUCAUCAUGAGAUCCCAGUGAGAAACUGAAAAACAAGGCUUUAUCAUGAGAUCCCAGUGAGAAACUGAAAAGCAAGGCUUCAUCAUGAGAUCCCAGUGAAAUACUGAAAAACAAGGGCUUCAUCAUGAGAUCCCAGUGAAAUACUGAAAAACAAGGGCUUCAUCAUGAGAUCCUAGUGAGAAACUGAAAAACAAGGGCUUCAUCAUGAGAUCCCAGUGAGAAACUGAAAAACAAGGGCUUCAUCAUGAGAUCCCAGUGAGAAACUGAAAAACGAGGGCUUCAUCAUGAGAUUCCAGUGAAAUACUGAAAAACAAGGCUUCAUCAUGAGAUCCCAAUGAGAAACUGAAAAGCAAGGCUUCAUCAUGAGAUCCCAGUGAGAAACUGAAAAACAAGGGCUUCAGCAUGAGAUCCCAGUGAGAAACUGAAAAACAAGGGCUUCAGCAUGAGAUCCCAGUGAGAAACUGAAAAACAAGGGCUUCAUCAUGAGAU